AUGGGAGGCGACGUGUCGGCUGAUGUUAUGGCUGCCGCUGCGCAGUUUCGAAGCGAGGACCGGGCGAACGGCGACGCUGUCCCGCGAUUUCCGCCUUUCUACUUCGAGGGCUUGCGGGCGGGCGAGCCUCUUCUUGUCGAGGGCGCGGCAGCCAGGCGCCUCGAGGUUGGGGACGAGAGGACGCAGAAGAUGGCGAAAAACCGACGCCGAAUGCAACCCAACAAGACGCCAGCCGACGCGAAGGCGCCGAAUGAGAAAAAACCUGGGGCAAGCGGGAGACAGGCUGCCCCCAAGGUGUCUGAAGAGUCGCUGAAGCGAGCAGGCUCCCGCGGCUUGCCCUCCUCUCAGGAUGCCUCCUGGCCUCCCUUCUCGGAGGCCAGCGCGUCCCCGGGGGGGUGGUUGUCGUCCUCGCAGUCUCACGCGGCUCCGGCACUCGUCAGGCCUCCUUUGCAUGCGACCUCCUCGUCUCCUGCCUCCGCUUCCUCCCCCUCCUCUUCUUCCUCCUCGGCGGGCCUCCGUCGAUCGUCGCGCCUCGCGCGAGGACUGCCCGCAGUUCCGCCGCUGUCCUCGUCCUCCUCCUCGCGUCCGGCGGCGUCUCCCUCGUCUGCUUCGCCAGCUUCAGAGGCUGCCUCCGCUUCAGCGUCGGCUUCUCUCUUUUUUUUCUCGCCCUGUAGCUACUCUUCUCCAGCUCUGUUUUCGUCUCCCUCGUCCUCCCUGUCGCUGCCCUCCUUUUCUUCUUCUAGCACUUGCUCCGCUCCUUCCGUGGCCGCCUGCGCGUCGUCUUCUUCCUCCGCCUCAACUCCCGUGGCGUCGUCUCCUGCUGCGGCGUUUCUGGUGUUUUCCACGCCACUCUCCUCCUCGUCUCCGGUGCCUUCCAGCCCGUCGCAGGCCUCUCGCGCGGCCGCCCCAAAAUUGAGGCGCGUCAAAAAGAAAAGAAGCGGGGAUCCAGCCGAGAGGGAGAAGGCGACCUCGCGGCGAAGAGAGCGCCGCAGUGGCCUCGGAGAGAAACAGGAGACAGCGGCGCGGGAAGCCCCUCCUCGGGACGCCGAGUCGACGCAGCCGAACGACGCGCACAGCAGCGCGCCGGCGGCUGGCGGGGGAUCUGCUGUGCAAGGGGAAGCGAGGUGCAGGGAGAGCUCGGCGGAAGGAAACGCGCCUGGCGAGCGCUGCGAGGCCUCAGCAGACGAGGCGCCGCAGACGCACGCACGCGAGGAAGGCCGAGAGACCUCCGCAGCGGGCGCGCAAGCUGGGGACAAGAACAGGAGAGAAAGCGGCGAGCGAGAAGACGAAGCGGCUCCGACGAACGAUGCAGCGGAGCCACGGAGAGGCCACGGAAAGCGGAAGAGGAGGCACGACCAAAAGGUAUGCGUGAAGCGAGAAAAAAUCACGCCAAAUGGGGAAGGCGGAAGGGACGAAUGCAGCAAUCAGCGACAAGGCGAGGAAGUCGGAGAGGACCGAGGAGAGAGACAAGAGGAAUGCGCAGAUCCGAGCAACGACGCGGAGGGCGCCGCCCUGACGCGGGGAGUCUCCGCGCGGAAACGGCCGCGUCUUCAAAUUGCCAUCUUUGUCAAACGGGAGAGAUGCGUCAGCGCCUGUGCAGCGUCCCCAGCGGGUUCGGCCGCGCAGGCCGCGGCUCUCGCUGCGCAGAGAGAGGACGCCGUUUCAGCUCACUCCGGGAAAGAGCUCCCAGGGCUUAGUCCCGCCUCGUCUACGCGCGCGUCGCCGCCCCGAGCCGCGCACGAAGCGGAGAGAGGGCCCCUGGCAGGACGGACGAAGGGCGAGGGAGAGAAAAACGUCGAAAAGGCGACGGCUCAAGAAGGAGACAAGGAAGCACGUGGCGAUGGCGACGAAGACAAGCGGAGAGAGCGACAGGCCAACACACGCUCGGAGAAGACUAGGCAAGCCAGUCGUGACCGCGCGAUAGAGAGCGACCGACCUCCUGACAGAGACACGGGGCAAGCUGCAGGGAGAGACGAAGGCGCGAAGGCGACAGAAGGCGGCGACACGGCGAGACUGACUCAAAGUGACGGAGCGAACUCAGCACCUCACGCGUCCCUUCGGCGCGACUCUCGGCAUGUAGGACAGGCCGUGCUGUCCAAGAGAGAGAAGGAGCACGACGACGACAGAGGAAAGCCCUCGACGGCUGCCGUGCCCUGCCCUGCGCUUUGCGUGUUUCCCUCUUCUUUUCGCUCACCUCGUCUUCUGCCGCCAGCUGCGCCCACUCUCCCCGCCGCCUUGCACUCUAGCGACCCGACUGAACAAGACGCAAGGGGCGAAGCGCGCGAGGCAGCGCUCCGCACUCGCUUGCCGCCUUUGUGCUGCUCUGCUUCCUCGGGUGCCGCCAGCGGUGAAAAGUCUUCGUCUCCUAUUUUGCUGCAGGACGUCUCCAGUCUCCAACAGCACCUGAUCGCGACGAAGGAACAUCUGCUGCAGAGGCUGCGGAACCGACUCAGUGCCUGUCCCCUGGCGCUCUCUCCUCUAGCGCGAUUCUCUUCCCCGGUCGCCCCUGUGGAGGCCUGUCCCCAGCCUCCCUCCACUCUCGGGGGCUCGCCUCCGCUGCCCUGUGCGUCCUCGAAGACGUCCGCGUCUGGGUCCGCGCAUUCCUUGUCUUCUCAGUCGCCUUCCUCCGCGCUCCCUUAUUCGUACUCUGCGUCGUUCUGUCCGUACACCACACCUGCGCGGACUUCAGGCGCUGUGAGGCCCGCGAGGUCAGCGGCGCCCAGCCCACCGCCGGCUCCUUCGGCGUCUUUCUCUCAACCUUGUGGGUCUCUCGCCGCGUCUUCGCUCUCUGGCGAGCCCCUCGCGCCUCGAUCUCCUUCUCCAGGGACCCCUUCACCCCAGCCGCCCCCGGUGGUGCCGUCCCCCCCGGCCUUCUGUGAGAGACCACGAGUCGCCUCGGGCGAGCGUCACUCUGCGUGGAUCGGCCGCCAGCCGCGGCUUUCUUUCCGCGACGGAAGUUCGCCUUCUCCCUCCGUCGGCUCUCCGUCGUGCCGACGACAGCCUACGGAAUUUGCGGGAAGUGGGGUCGGCGACCUCUCGUUUGACCGAGCCUUGGAGACCCUUCAGCGCCUCCGCGGCGCGUCGACCGCGCGGGUGGGCUCCGGAAGGGACGCCGCAGACGAGAGGGGCGGCGUCUCCGACAGGGGCCGAAUCCGAGACAGGCGAGAUGCGCAUGUCUCAAGCGCGCGGAGGGACAGGGGAGGAGAGGGGAGACAGACUCGGCGGCAAACUUCCGGCGUGCUCCGAGCGAGUGGAGCUGAGAGCGUUGUAGUCGUAGACCUCGAAGAAGAGGAGGUCGUUGAGAGGGGACACGCUGCGAGGGAGGCGCCAACCGUGAGAGAACGCGAUCUGGCGGCCUCUCCGACGAGUGCCUAUCCGGUGUCUUCAUCCGCGCCCUCUCCCGCAGAUGCGCAAGGUGCAGCGCAGCAGACUACAGGGUGCGCGGGUUCCACGCCACCCCCCCUGCCGCUGAUUUCUGGCGGGGAAGGCGCCGCCAAUUCUUGUUCUCGGUCUUCAGAGCCCCUUUCUGCUUUUUCUUCCGCGCCCAUCGCUGCGUCGUCUGCUGCUGCCUCGGCUUCGCGUCUUCACCGGGAGGUUAGCCCCUCCGGUCUCUUGGCUCGCGGCGUUCGUCAGCAGUUUCCUCCAUCGUCUUGUGGGAAUCAACCCUGUGGCGGGCCUUCGCCCUGUGCUGUCGCCUCGCCCUUGGCCGACGCUUCGCUGCAGGCCCCUUCCUUGUCUACGUCCUCGCAUUCCUGCCCUGCCUCGUCUGCUUGUCCGCCUCUCCUCGCUGCUCCUGAUACCCUUCAUCCGCCGAAGAAGACUCGCAUCUGCUUCAGCUUGCGCAAGCUCCCUGCGUCGAGCCCGCUCCUCAUCCCCGCGGAGUACCAGCGACGCCGCGAGGCCUUGCAGCUGGAGGCGGAGGAAGGAGAAAUCAUCGAGUUCUCUCCUCCAGCCCGCAAGCUCUCCUCAUGCGUCUCCUCCGCCUCGUCGUCGGCCUCUCCCCCUUCCCCUGUCGGCGUCUCGCCUUCUUCGUGUCCUGUCGCAGGGCUUCUACACGCUGCGCACAGCAUGAAGACGACUCCAGCGCAGACUGGAGAUGAGGCUCUGACCCAGGGCACAGAUGGAAGGGCGAACGGUGGCGGAGGGCGCGGAGGCGAGACAAGGAAGGAGGGCGGAGAACGGUCGCCGGAAGAAAAACCGAGGCGCCACCCUGCUGCCGUACAUGCGCGACCUACCCACACGAAGGGCGAGAGAGCGGAGAGAGGAGACGCGCGGGGCAAGACAGGUGAGUUGCCGUCACAUCUUCCCCUUCCUCCUCGCUUGGCGAUUCGGCGCCGCGAACUCGAAGAAGAAAGAGUGGUCUCAGCGAGUGCGCCAGACAGAGACGUGCCUGAGGACUCACUGCCACGAUCGCGACCCGACAGCCCUAUCUCCGCUUCGACUAUCUCGUCGGCGCGCCCCUCCGGCUCCGCCGCGUCUUCUGUUUCUGCGUCCCUUUCCGCCGCAUCUGCGUUUUCACCUUGGUUUUCUCCCUCCUCCUCAUCCGUUUGCUUCGCGCCGCCGCUGCCCCCCCCCCCGUCGCUGAUCGCUCAGGCGCCCAACGGGUCGCUCGCUCUCAGCGCCCCGUAUGCCUCUCUCGCCUCACUGAAUCCUCCUCUCGCCUCUAUGCCUGUGUCGCCCGGCUCCGUUCGGCCUUCGUCGGCGCUGUCUCCGAGCCCAGAAGCAGCGACGCGCCGAGAGGCACGCGGGAGAGAACGGGCGACGCGGGCGACUGGACACGCAGUCCCUCCGCAACGAAGGAGCCGGCGAGAAGGCAGCGUAGAGGCAGACAACGGAGAGACAAGGAGAAAUGCGGCACAGCCGCCGCGGGCGUCUCUUCGAUGCCAACUGAGCGAGCGUGGAGACGGGAGGAGGAGGGGCGUCGCUGACGAGGCAGAGGAGCGACACAGCGAGCAGCGAGAUGCGUUCACUUUGCGCGCGGAGGCGAGUCGGUCUAAGGGCGACUCGGAAGUGAUGAGAAGAACCGAGCGUUUGUCUCCAGGUCAUGCGGAGCCGGGAGAGAGGAGGAAGCAGCUGAAUGAAAGCUUGACUUUUCUGUAUGCGCAGUUUCAAGCGGAGGCCGCUCGCUCAGGCUUCUCGCUUCCUGACCUACUCGGCGCCUUCGGUGAGGCCUUCAUCAAGACUCUGCGCGGAGAGAGGAGAAGAGCAAACACACACCCAGAGGCGACAGCGCUUGCGCGUCGCGCGGAUCUGUCUCCGCUGUCGUCUUCUCUCUCUGGCGCUGAUUCGCGCUCCUCUCUCUCGAGUCUUUCCGAGGACCUGAGGGCACUGUCGGUUUCCUCCGCAGGCGAGGCAGAACGAACAGACGGCGGGCGCGGAGCGCAAUGGAGCCGACAGAGGAGGCGAACUCGGCGCGGCCAGGCCUGCGCGGGGCUUGCAGGCACCGGAGACGCGAGUUGCACUAGCAGCGCAACAGACGACGAGCGAGCAGAGGCCUACCUUUACGGCAGGCGCCGCAGUCGCGGCAGAGGGCGCUUUUCGCGUAGUCUCUCUGCGUCGCAGGCGUCCUCAGGCGGGGACCACAGCCCCUCGCCUAGUGUCGAGAGACGUCGAAACGCAGCAGGGAAAGAGAACUGCGAGAGACAGCGGCGGGAGAGAGUGAGGGACAGAAGGGACAGGUGGGUGCGCGCCCUGCCGUCGCCAGAUGUACGAAACAAAGGAGGAAGCGUCUCCGGUUCCGAUCACGAAGGCGCCAGCGCGUCGCGAAGCAUCAGUCCAUACGGGAGCAGCGAGGACGACAGUAGCGAGGCGUUUAGCUCAUCGUCGCUGAGCGCUGAGGAGCUUGGUGCACGAGGAGCGGUGAGCAGCGGAGAACUCAGCGUGCCCAAAUGGCUUGCGGCGAGAGGGAGUAGAGCGAAGCAGAACCGAAGACGAGAGGCAGGUGAAAUCUGCAGGACCGCGGCAUGCCGUGUCAAGAGCGAAUUUGUCUGCAGAGACGACGCAGGGCGACCCGGCCGCGCGCAUGCGAAUCAUGCGUCGCCGGUGGAGGCGGGUGAGAAGACCGAAGGAGCGACUGACAGCAGGCGGAGACCUGAGACUCACCCCCUCGGUUCCACAGAUUCAGAAGCCGCGAGGCGACUGCGAGCGACCGACGCCUGGCGACGAUUUCGGCGGCUGCUCGCCCGAAGAGAGCGAGAGGAAGAACGCAGACGAGCGCGGCGCCGAAGCAGCGCGUCGGCCGCCUCUGCUUCCCUCUGCGUUCCAACGCCGCCGCAGCGCGCGCGCGGGGCAGAUGAAAUCACGCAUGAGAGCGGGGAAGCGAGAAAAAGGGGUUCCAGUGAGGACCGACGAGCAGAAGAAGAGCCGAAUCCGAGACUCCGUGGGAAUCCCCACGAGGCGGCAGGCGGCGAGGGAAGUCCGCAGCACGUGGAAGACAGCGGCCUGCCGAUGCUUUCUGCGAAGACUCGUGGUGGGGCGUGGUCGCCGGCAGCUGGAAGCGACACCUCGUCUGCAGAAAGCAAGGCAGCAAACGCAGAGGCACAAACACAUGCAUGUGAGCGAGAGCUUCGCAUGGAGGCCCAGAGGCGAGAUGGAGAGUUGCGAGCAAGCGAGGCGAGAGGCCAGGUGACCGAUUCGGAUCGACAGGAGACAGUCGCCCACGAACUCGAGGGAGCGGAGGAACCGGGGCGACAGAGAGAACUCGCAAGAGCAGACGAGGCGGGGAGGAGAGGGCGAGGGGGUGAUACGCUGCAUCUUCACCUGGGGGGCGACGCCUAUCUUCUCGAGCUGCUGCUGGAAGCCAAGCCUGCGAACGGGGGUUUGAGCUUCAUCGAAAAACUUCGAGCCCUUAAGCGGCUGAAAGGCAAAACCAUGCUGGGCAAGUGA